GCUUAAGACUGUUUUGAUCUCUCUGUUGGGUAACUAACUUCUCUGUCCGCAGGUCCACUCCCUCACUCAGUCAGUCAGCUGUGAGAUUAGUGGCUCCACUCACUGUACUGCCUGCUGACUGCACAGAGACUGGAGCAGACCUCCGAGGCACUGCAGAGAAACAACAUGAGCAAUAACACCAAGGAGGAAGUGGUGCUGAAGCAGAUUGAGAUGGAGGUGCGAAUGCGGGAGGGAGCCACUAAGCUACUGGCAGCUUGUUCCAGGAGAGAGCAGGCCCUGGAGGCCUCCAGGAGCCUGCUAACCUGCAAUGCCCGCAUUCUGGCCUUGCUCAGCCAACUACAGAGGAUGAGGAAAGCUCAAAUCCUACAAAAAGUGGGACGCAGGCCAUCUGAAGAUGUUGUGCCAUGUGUAGGAAAAGUAUCCCUUUCAGACCUGCGAAUCCCGCUGAUGUGGAAAGACUCUGAGUACUUCAAAAACAAAGGAGAGCUACAGCGCUGUGCUGUUUUCUGCCUGCUUCACUGUGGUACAGAGAUCCAUGACACUGAUCUGGUGAUGGUAGACAGGACUUUAACUGACAUCUGUUUUGAAGACACUAUCAUAUUCAGCAGCGAGGUAGGCCCAGGGUUUCAGCUUCGCGUUGAGCUGUACAGCAGUUGUAUGGUCGAGGAUUUCUUCCCGGGGGCUCUGGGGCCCAGGAGAGCGAGCCGUCUGGGGGGCUCACUGGGAUGCUCCUCUGGGAAAAAGAUCCGUGCUGCGUUUGAGUCUGCAGCUGUUUGUGGAUCCAGUGGAGGAAAUGUAGAACCUGGAAGAGUGUCCCCGCCUUUAUCCCCUGACCUGUCUACACUGGGGCCUAAGUAUAACCUGCUGGCUCACACAACACUGAGAAUAGAACACGUCAAGGAAGGUUUCAAGACGCAUGAUUUGUCACUGGCAGCAACAGAGGAUAAUCCAUUCUGGUUGCCUCUAUACGGCAACAUGUGCUGCCGUCUAGUUGCUCAGCCACUGUGCAUGAUUCAGCCAAUGAUAAGUGGCCAACUCAAGGUUAAGCUUGGAGAGGACCUUAAUUGCUGGGAAAAUGUCUAUGGAGUCCUCAGGGAGCAAAGUCUUCUCUGCUAUCAGAGUCAAGAAGACCUGGAGUCUGAGGACAAGCUAUUACUUGUAAUCCCCAUCAGAAAGCAUACACAUGUCUGUGUGUCAGAGAGAGAUCCUGUCCAUCACCAGAGUAUAUAUAUCCGCACACAGCAUCAAGGAGAGGAACUAACCUAUACGCUAACCACACACACACCUGAAGACACGCAGCGCUGGACCCAGGCCAUCUGGCAGCAUGUCUAUAACAUGGGCCAGUGGAAGCAGUGUUGUGAUCACCUCAUGAAGAUUGAAAUGCCGAGCUCCAGGAAAGCCAUUCCAGUGAAGCAGGGAUCGCUCUACCAUGAAAUAGUUACGCCCUCCUCUCCUGGAGAGGGUCUUGUGGUUCCGGAUUUAUCCACUGAGAUCCGCACUUUGGUCUCUUCCUACUACAUGGAAAGUUAUUGAUGACGCUGCCACAGUCGCACUGGAGGAGUGAGAAACUGUUUUUAUUUUAUUCGUUUGCGGUUACCACGCCUGGUCAAGGAAACGGACAUGGACGUGAUAAAUGGUGCUAUUUCAAAAUUUUACCUAAACAGCAGUAUUAGUAACAAAAAA